CCUCCCUCUUUAAUACCUUCGCCUUGGGCCAUUGAUCUGAAAGCUCGACUGCACCAAAAACACUGCUCGACCUUCAGAACAUCAUCGCUUGCCAUGGCUGAGGCGGUAGGCCUCGCCGCAAGCGUCAUCGCUAUCAUCGACCUGUCCACCAAGGUCACGAAGCUCUGUUCUGACUACUACACCGCCGUCAGAAGCGCUAGGGACGACAUCACACGCCUCCAGAGUCAGCUGGGCAACCUAGACGAAUGCCUCCAAGGAGCGCAGCGUCUUCUCAAUGACCCGAAUAGUCAAUCGCUUACAACGUCACAAAAAUUGAAAGACUCUGUCGAUGGCUGCACGUCGGAGCUGGUCCAAAUGCAGAACAGGCUGGAUCCGGGCAAGGCCCGCAAGGCGAUGCGCCGUUUCGGGCUUCGUGCCCUCAGGUGGCCGUUCGAUAGCAAGGAGGUUAGCGGGAUCAUCUCUAGCCUGGAGCGCUACAGCCAAACCAUCAUAUGGUGUCUGCAAAUCGAUCAGACUACCAUCCUGCUCGACAUACAGCAGAAAUUCGAAGGCGUCUCGCUCCAACCGCGCACGGAUAAACCAAUUGCUCGCAAACCCUGCUUCUGCGUCCCGUUCGACCGAGACCCCGACUUCGUCGAUCGGCCGGAUAUUCUUACAUGGCUAAGGGAGCAAUACACAGGUUCCGCCGGUCGCAUAGCCCUCGUGGGCAUGGGCGGGUUUGGUAAAUCACAGGUUGCCAUCCAAUUCGCGCAUCACAUCCACGACGAAGCACCGCAAACCAGCGUCUUCUGGGUUCACGCGAGUUCGAAGCCGAGAUUUGAAGAGGCCUACAGGUCUAUUGCACAAAGGCUAGAGUUGCCGGGGCGAAAUGAUCCCAACAUCGACGUGCUCGGGCUCGUCCGUGACUGGCUGCAGACCAAGGAAGCUGGCUCGUGGUUGAUGGUCUUGGACAAUGUGGAUGAUGUCAACCUCUUUCAUCCCAGCACCAAUGCCAGCGGGAAUAAAGCAGCGAACCAAAUAACGGACGAGAACGCUGUCGCAAAGAGCGAUCAGCGGCCACUCGCGGCAUACCUGCCAAAGCGCCGCAGUGGAACCAUCCUCGUCACAUCACGUAGCAUGGACGCUGCUGAAAAGCUGACAGGUAGCCAGAAGGCUACCUACCGGAUCUCGACCAUGGAUGAUGCCCAAGGCCUUCACCUUUUCCGGAACAAGCUCAACGGAGACUUUGACAGGGAUGCCGCUGCUGACCUUCUCCGGGCUCUGGACUGUAUCCCGCUGGCCAUCACCCAAGCGGCGGCGUACAUCAACCGUCGCAUCCCCCGCGAAUCAGUGAAAACAUAUCUGGAUGCCUUCCGGGAGAGCGACAAGAAGAAGGGCAGUCUCCUCAACAGAGACGCGGGGGAUCUUCGGCGAGAUGAGACCGUCUCCAACUCGGUGGUUACGACAUGGCAAGUCACCUUUGAACAAAUACGCCACGAGAGACCAUCUGCAGCGAAUCUGCUUUCCUUUAUGAGCUUCUUUAAUCCGCAGGGCAUUCCUGAGUUUGUGCUUUACGACUAUGAUACCGAUCCGACGGAAAAUAUGGAUAGAGAUGCAGGUAGUGACGACUUUGAGGAUGAUCUUGAUGUCCUCCGUGGCUACUCGCUCGUAUCUGUGACAGCAGCACAAGAUGUGUUGGACGAUGAGAAACGAUGGAGACAGGUGUUCUUGCGGUCCAUAUCCAGACAUUUCCCAAGUGGCGCAUUCGAGACAUGGCCAACUUGCCAGUUGUUACUUCCUCACAUCGAGUCUGUAUUAGAGGAGAAGCCGCCAGAUGAGGACUUGCAGAACUGGGCCCGUUUGCUGACGAAUUGUGCAUGGUAUAUGUUGACUAUCGGCAACUACACGGCGGCAGAAAAAUUAGGCGGGAAAGCAGUCGAAACGAGGACCAAGGUGCUUGGAGAGGAGCAUCCCAAUACGCUGGCGAGCAUGUCUAACCUGGCGUCGACAUUUAGCAACCAAGGUCGAUGGAAGGAGGCGGAAGAGCUGCAGGUGGAAGAUAUCCUGCACAUCUGGCCUAGUAGCUAG